AGGCGGGAGAAAUUAUAGGAGUUUGGCGAAACCCCGAUAGUUUAGCAACCCCAUUAGCUGCUAAGUUAGAGCGGUCCAGCAAAGAGUUAAGUGGUGUUUAGAAUUAGUUGUCGGUCACGUACCAGACCACUAAGAGUUAUCGGAGAAAAAAUUUGAAACUUACCUUUUAAUAAAUUCUCUUCUACCAGAAUCUAUUCUGUAACUUCACACCGUACGAGAAGUAACCGCUCGUGUGGAUACAGAAAAACUAGUUACGUGGACAGUUUAAAAGACUUUUCCAAAAGCAUAGAACCAACACGACGAACAACUACCUAGACCCGACCAAAAACUUUUUUAAACAUUCAUUUAAUCUCUUCACAUUUCUCUCCGCAUAGAAACGAAAACGAAACACAAGCAACCUUUAGGAACAAAAAAAAACGAGUCUGAACAGCAUACAGCAACUACUUUUUCAAAACUCAACAUUCAAACCAAGCAAACACUCGGGAAAAUACGAUUUUUUUAAAACCUUCAUUUUCGUCACCGCAUAGGGAAUACUUACAUAGCACGAGACUUCUCGUUUUUGUGUAUGAAAGUUUUGGAAUAAAUAAUACAUACUUAGUCACGGACUUUUUGCCUUUUGUCAUUCGUUUUUUCAAUAUACACAUUUUGAGUUUUUAGAAACAAACCGCAACUGCUGUCUUACAAACCGAAUUUUUAAAAGCCUUUCUGAAUUUACUACAGUGUAAGUGAGUCACUCGCAACCUCCAAAAUCAAAAGGUACAAAAUCGUCAAUACGAAAAGUGAGUCACUUGUCGAAGAAAUCGAAUUGAAAUUUUUAAAGAAAAUUACACAUCAGCCCAACCUUGAAAGGUAAAAAUCCUAUAAGAACAGGACGCUUCGCUACCGUCACCCUCCUGCUGAAAUCGACCGGACGAAGGCAAGAGACGAAAGCGAGCGGGGGAUCAAGACCUUGAAAAGGGGCCCCCACGAGGCUAGGCCCUUCAACCAAAAACAAAAAACUUCCCCACGACCUGAGUUCCCAACUACACCACCCCUACCCCCCGGCGAAAAUGGCGAUGCCGUUGGAGCACCAGGGCCUGGGCGUCUACGCGACGAAGAAGAACUACGUGCCCCCGCUCUACGAGUACCCGGACCAGUACGGUCGAUCCCUAUCCAAAACAAACAUGUCUGGUUCUGGAAGAAUCCAAACUUGUCAUGCGAAUUCUGGAACAGGCAAAAAUCUGUGUUGCAUGGUCAGCAAAAGUUAGCCGCUUUUUUUCUGUGCGAGGGGGCUUUUCUCAUGCGGGCUAGGCAUGAAUAAGCCUCCCAAGAAUUUCUCAUGCUCUGUGUGCAUUCCAGACCUCCGCGCAGAUGCAGAAGCUGCAUGACCACAAACAUCUGACUUCUUCCAGACCCAGACAUAUUUGCAUUUGAUAAUCCCCCAUGGCGGGCGAUCUCCACAACCAAAACCUGCUGUCUCUGACCUCGUCCAGCUCGAGCAACAGCGUCAUUCAGCGGUCGAGGAAGGGUAAGAAUAACAGCAACGGUACGAAUAUGAAAUCCUCCUCGAAGAAGCACAAGAUCGGGACGCCGAUGGGAAAGUACGGGAUGUAUUCUCCUUAUGGAAGCGUCAGGAUUGAAAUCGUCAAAGUUGAAAUAACUUGUAAUGCAUAAAAUCGACACCAGUGGGAAGCCCAAUUUUCAAGCGGUGCAUGACAAAUUUCGGCACCGUCUAAAUCAAGUCUGUCAUGCUGUUUAGAGACAGAAGGCGUCAUCUUUUGUCAUGCUACUUCAGCAGCUCUAUCGCAGACCCCAAACAGGCUGACAGUCGGUCCCGCUUGCCAUCCCUGCAAGAGAGGCACUUCGUGCCUUGCAAUUUAUGCAUGAGAUGAAAUUCUUUCAACUUUGUCGAUUUCAAACCUGACGCUUCCAUACACCUACCACCCCCUCGACCGCCGCGCCCUCCAUGCCGGACACCCCCUACCGCUCGCUCCACGUCUCUCGCCAGAUGACGCGCGAGGCGGCGGGAGCUCCGUCGACCCCCAGCAGUAAAAAUGGCGGCUCGAACAAUUUGCUGUUUCUGAACGUGUCCAGCAACGUUUCGCUUCAGAACGGCAACCGGCAAGUCGAGCAGAUGCAGAACUAUAAUGUCCAGAUCGACGAAGAGCAGCUGUGGUCAAAACUCGAGCAGCUGGACUGAUAUCAACUGCUAAAAUGUCUGGAUCCUCUGGAAAGAUGUGAUGCUAAAAGUCAAUGAUAGGCGCACUUCAAUACGCAGCCAAGCACGACAAAUUUCUGGGCUGCUAUAAUGUGUUGCGUAUUUUUCGGGAAUACGCAUGGCAAACUGCGUUUUUCUUGCAUGACAGGCAAGAGCAGGGCCCCUUAUUCGUGCAGACAUGCAUGACAAAGUAUCGAGGCAUGGCAGACAUGCAUCACAAGUCUAGCAAUCGGGCAGACCCAGACAUAUUUGCAGUGCAUAACUGGUCGCAGCGCGGGAUCCCCUCCCUGAUCCAGAAGGCGGCGGUCAGCUUCAAGCCGCAGAAGGACUAUGAAGUGCAAAUAUGUCUGGUCGGUCUGGAAGAGUGCAAACUUGUGAUGCUGCCUUUGGAUUCCACAUAAACUCUGUAUUGCAUGACCAGCGUAACAGUUUGGUUUCACUUUUGCUACGCGGAGGGGGAAUUUGAUUUCUCAUGCAGCAUCUGCAUCGGAAAGCCGUCACAAGGUCUGUGACGCGAGGGCAUGCAUCACAGACACCUAGGGCCACGCAAAAUAUGCAUGACAGACGUUGUACUCUUCCAGAACCAGACAUAUUUGCAAUGCAUAAGGACCGCCCCGUCGCGAUCGACUGGAGCGCGAACGGCAUGCCGAGCGUCUUCAAGGUGGGCCAGAGAAGGAACAAGCCGAAAGGCGUCGCGACGAAGGACCUCGUGUGUUUGGACUGGAGCAAAACCGGAUUGCCGAUCAAGCUCACCUACUGGGACCACGGCGUCCUGCUCGACUGGUCGGCUUCCGGCAUCCCAAAACCGCACCACCCGACCUAUCACGUGCAAAAGUGUCUGGGUCUGGAAGAUUGCUGAGGUUUGUGAUGCUGUGUCUGCUUGACACGGAAAGUGUGCCAUACAAGGCCUAGCAUCACAGGUUUUGAGACGGUUUCCCAAUGCUUAAUCCGCAUGGCAAACGCCUUCUUUUCGCGACAGGAAAAGGAGCUCCCUUUGCUGUCUAAGCAUGACAGGUUUUUGUGUGAUCCAAGUAUGCGUCACAAGUUUGCAUCCUUCCAGACCCAGACAUUUUUACAAUCCAUACGACUUUACCCUCUACGAUGCAGCUGACCUUCAAGUCCAAGACCUUCCCGGUGAAGGGAAAAUACGAGGAAAAAACCCUGGAUUGGUCGGCUCCCGGCCUCCCGAAGCUCCUCCGGAAAGCGGUGUGGAAAAGCGUCCCUUUCGACUUUGGCCAGGCCCGGUACCGCAACAAGUCGAUCAUUCUGGACUGGAGCGCCCCGGGACUCCCCGGUUGCGUGGAGGACCUGAUGGCCAAGCCGAACCGGAGGGCCGAACUGGUGCGGAACUGCAUCCGCGGUGCGGUCCACGGACCGCUGGCGCCGGUCGAGAUGCACAACGAAGAGAAGCUGUGGCACAACGCCGUGCUGAACGUGCCCACGAAGAAGGAAAAUAAGGGAAAUAAAACAACUUCAAAGGCCCCCGCGGCAAAGAAGCGGAAGAUGAACAAAAUGCUGCAGACGAAGAAGUCGAGAUUCGUGCACAAGCGGGGCUACUUGCUGAAGCAGACGUUUGGGCAAACGGCGAACAUGACCAACGCCGUUCUCGGUGACACGUUGCAGUACGAGGGAAAAUUGUUUGUCGUCGCGUCCGUGCCGGAACAGUACCGCUCGCGGGAAGAGAAGCAGAACGACGAGUACUGCGGAGCGUGCGACUGGUCCAGUGCAGGAAUCCCGAGCUUUUUGAAAAGCUCCCUCUACGACCGCGAACUUGCGUUCGAUUGGACGGAAACUGGACUGCCUGGCCAGUUCACGAAAGACGCCAAGCGCGACCCGUUCGCGGAGACCAUGGGCGUUCCCUUGAUCGACUGGUCGGUCAGCAAGCGGCUUCCCGGGGAAUUCCAGAAGUUAACGCAUAAUUCCGAGCACGACGAAAAAAUGAUCUACAGUGCUGUCGACUGGAGCGGGAAGGGCGCGCCCUUCGGGAAGAGGCAACUGAACUCGGAAACCGGCCUGGAUUGGACAAAAUCGGGAAUUCCGCCGGAAAUCAAGCACGCCCAGUGGAGCCUGAAGUUUGGCACGAAAUUCGUCCCGUCGCCGAAGGGAAGCAACACGAUUACUUUGUUCAAAAAUGGGUUUUUCGAGACGAACACCUCGCCGGCGGCAAGCAGAACUGUGUCGAAAGGUAUAGGUUUGGGAUUGAUUUUUAGGAUUUUAUGCUGCUGAAAUUAAAUGAGAAUGACAAAAAGAAACGAGGCAACGAGUAGGCACCUCAAGAAGAUUACGAGCAUCAAAAGUUCUGACUCUAUUUCCAGCUUUAGGUUCGAGAUCAUCCAUAAUACCGUCUUCUCAAAACAGAUAUGCGUCCGAAGGCCCUGGACGCACAGGACGACCCGAUGGAAAACUACGGCGGGGAGAAGAUGGACGUGAUCCAGCGCACCCCGAAGGGCCGGAUUCCGUGGGAAAUUUCGGUCGGGCACGACACCAAGAUUGACGUGUACUCGAAGCAUUUCACUGAUACAAAACCGGUGCCGAAAGUGGACGACCUGCUGAAGGAAGUCAACAGUGCCUACCACCAGUUGCACGAGUACUUUAUUUCCUGUGCGUGGUUUUUGUUCGGAUUUGCAUUUGCAAUGAUGUCGUUGGUACUAUUUCCGAUCCCGACGUGAUGUCAAAGUCAAUCCACCACCCUCGCUAUGCAAAACCAAAAUCGAUACAAGAUUUACGAAAUGAAGAAUUUAUCGUGCCUCGAAAAUAAACCUUCAGGGUCCGUCGGCACAAGGCAGAGGACGCGUUCAAGGCUUCGCACGCGGAGCAGAUUGCCGCCUCCGCCGAGAUGAAUCCGACGAUUGUGAAAGAAUUGCUUGCGUUCAACAAAGGAGCGACCCCGGAGAACGUCAAGAAGAUGGAGAUCACGCACAAGAGCCCGAUGCUGUCGCCGGAUCAGAAGGCGGACAUGUUUUGGUCAGCGCAGUUGGAUUGGAGUGACGCCGGCGUGCCGAAGGCGCUGACCCGGCCGGGGUCCGCGGCGAUGGCAAAAAAGUCGAGUAGUACCAAGCAGGAACCGGAACUGAUGAUUGACUGGGCGAACUGCGGCAAGAAGAAGAUGCCCCCCUGCUUCCGGCACCACGAGACCUGGAUGUGCUUGCGGGGCCGAAAACAUGUGUACGACGAGCUCGCAAUCGACUGGAGCGCGAGUGGGUCCCCCCGCUGCUUGUUUGAGCAAGUCACCCAGGCCGCCCGGAAGAAGGAGCAGAACACGCUGAUGAUCGAUUGGUGCCAGGACGGCGUGCCCUUCGGCUGGGUCGGGAAGCUGCCGACGGAUCGCGACCAGUGGGCGAUCGGGCGGAAAUCCUACAGCUACGCCAAGUUCAUGGAGCGGAAACAGGCCAAGCGCGCCCGCGGCUGGCCGAAGCUGCUCACCGUGGACUGGAGUCAGCCGCAGCUGCCGUGGGUCGAGCUGCCGGGCUUCGAAAGUCCGGUGCUGGUUGGUAAUUACAAAGACAUGUACGAAGAGCCGGUUUCCGCAGACUUUUCCGGUAAGGGCCUACCGGUGGACACCAGCGUGUUCGACAACUUGACCAUCGAUUGGGGACAGGUAUAUAUGUUUUUAUGGAGUGCGAUUUCGUGACGUUGGUUAACCUGAAUGUCGAAAAGUCAAAGCUAUCUAGGUUUUAGGAUUUUGCGUGCAAGAAAGGGAAAACGAGAUAGACUCGGCGUUUUUUAUGUGGUCGUCUCGGAUCCAGAUCUACAUUACAUCGGUAUCACUUCAAGUUCAAAUGUUCAAACUCCAUCCCCCCCCCUUCAGGCCGGCUCCUUGUCCGACAUGACGAUUACUUACUCCGUCGACCGCACGGUCGAUUCCGGCGCGAUGAAGUUUAACCUCCGGAAGAACCGCAUUUGGGGCCAGAAAACCCAGUACCAGACGGUCGACACCUACGUGUGGCAGGACGGCGAGAUCUCUCCCGCGCGCAUCACCAAGUGCGCCAAGCCUUUGACAAAACAGCAGAAGAUCCAGAACCAGGAACCCGGGCGGUUCUUUUCGCAGGAAAUCAAGCUCGUGCAGGGGAAGAAGUACGUGUUCAAGCAGACCGAGGAGAUUUCCUACAUCAACUGGGCCAAGAAGGGGGUGGAUCUGCGGAAGACGGUGCACAAGGAUCGGCCGUACUCCAUCGACUGGUCCAACGCCGGCCUGUAUCAACUGCAAAAAUGUCUGGGUCUGGAAGAGUCGGGACUUGUGAUGCACAUUUUGCAUGGGGGCGUUUUGGUAUCUAUGUUGCACAUUUUGCAUGAUCCGUGAGGUCUGUGAUGCUGGUGCUAGCAUCACAUAUUUUUUGAUAUCUUCUUGAUGCUAAUUACGCAUGAGGAAUGCCCUCUCCGCGUGCCAAGAACUGACUCCUCUUGCUGCUCAUGCAACACAGAUAUUUUUAGAAUCCGCAGACAGCAUUACAAGUUCCACUCUUCCAGACCCAGACAUUUUUGCAUGUGAUAGCCUGCCGUUCUUCAUGGAAGUGGCCUCGUUCCACACCAACGGGUACAAGUUCGAGUGCCGGUGCGACUGGAGCAAGGACGGGGAGGUGAUGCCCAUGGUGCACGACGGGAAGAAGUGCUACAACCCGGACGCGAACAUGCGGUACUGGGCUUUGAAAAAUGCGGUGCCGAACGUGAUCGCGCACCUGACCCGCAGUCCCACCGGCCUGUACUCGGGCGUGCAGGCGCAGCGGGGCCACUUCUACGAGGCGAUCAACUGGAACGCCAAGGGGUUGCCGAUGGAGAUCAAGGCGGCCCCGUUCGAGCCGCGGGAGAUGGCCAUCGACUGGAGCGGUGCGGGGAUCCCCGGCAAAAUCCAGGAAGUCGACGAGGAGUGGCUGCUCCCGGUGGACUGGUCCCGGAAAGGCAUGCCGAAAAUCAUGCAGCAGACCAAGCGCCACGGGGACUGGGACGUGCGGACCAGCCCGGUGGUGGACUGGUCCGCGAAGGGGCUGCCGCCGAUCUUCCGGAAGGCGGUCGGGGAGAAACCAGAUAUGUUUACGGCGAUCGACUGGAACCGCAACGGAGUGCCGGUUAGCACGCAGAGGUACGUUUUAGUAAAUUGAUGCUGAGUGGUCUUCGAGAGUUCUUGUUUCAAGAGGACUUCAUCGACUAUAAAUUUUUGUCUGAGCUGCAUUUUUGUUCAGCUGAGCCUGAUAUCAUCAUUCUUCUGAGGCAGGCGCAGGAGGGAAAAACAGAAUUAUCCAGCACCACCCAAGAGAAAAACAAAAAUCAAAUUGUAUCAGCGCGAAAUGGGAGCCCCUGGUGCUGGAUUGGAGCACGCACGGUCUCCCGUGGGGCGGGCGAAAAGCCGACGGCAAGUUCGAGUUUGCCCUGGACUGGUCAGCGGACGGGUUGCCGGGCAUUCUGCACGAUGUGGACUUCUUUUCUCCCGAAACGGACACGAUCUUCGCGAAGCCGCGCUUUCCGUCCAAGCAGCAGCAAAUGUAUGCGAUGGAGGACGAGGACUAUGGGUAUUUGGCGAACAAUAUCAAGUGCAAAAAUGUCUGGGUCUGGAGGAAUGCAAGCUUAUGAUGCUAACUUUGGACUCUAGAAAAAUCUGUAUUGCAUGACCAGCAAGAGGAGUCGAGUUUGUGCUACGCGGGGAGGGCGUUUGUCAUGCGCAGUAGGCAUCGGGAAGCCCGCUCAAAAUCUGUGAUGCGCGGUCGUGCAUUACAGACAUCCUGGGUCAUGCAAAACAUGCAUGACAAAUCUCAGAAUCUUCCAGACCCAGACAUUUUUACAUUUGAUAAACAACAUCCACGUGAACACCAAGCAGCUGAACAACCUCCACGAUUCCCCGUGGAACCGCACGAAGGACGAGAUCCGGGGGGUCAAGUACGCGCACCGCACCGUGCACACCAAGAACACCAAGAAGAACCUGUUCCGCGUGAUGCGCCGGGAGAUGGACCACGCACGCACGCUGCUCCGCGACCGCCGCGAUCAGUGGAUCACGGCGCGCCGCUUCCGGAUGCGGUGGGAGAAGGAGGUGUUGCAGGGCAAGUUCGAAAACCUGAACGACUUGUCCAUCGAACAGCAAUCGAGCAAAGAAGUGGAACCAGCAGAUACAACUGCAGCCGUGUACGAGAACUACAACAAGGGUCAAACAACUCAGAAGACGAAGAAUAAGCCCCUCGCUCAGACCACGCCGAAUUUCGACCACGCGGGCGGGUACCACUUGAAGAAACACAUUUCGGAUACCGCCGGCACCCGGAUCCGGCGCGGGCGGUCCCGCGAGGCCCGGCCGCAGCUGCCGGAGAAGGACACCACAAACUACACGGACUUGCGUCCCGCACACCUGAACGAGGACGUGCUGGUGUACCACAUCCGGAAGACCGGCCGGGUCCCGUACGUGGUGUCGCUUGGCAACGAGUUCAAGAACGGCAUCACCUCGGUAGGCUCUCUCCGCGCGGAGUGGCAGCAGCGGGAGGGACGGAAGCCGCAGAAGGUGGACAAGCUCCUGGCCAUGUGCUCGGAGCUGUCGCACAAACUCGUCCACCGCGCCGCGGAGAAAGCGGCGUCUCCGGCGAGAAAAGAGCGACUGGAACAGCAAAUGCAGAUGGACCUGGGCAGAAAAGUUGCGGAUCGGGUGUCGAAAAUGAGCAGUAGUGCUGGAGAAACAAACAAAGACGAUCUGCUUGUGUACGAAAUCCGGAAGAACGGGCGGACGCCGUACGUGCUGACGCGCGGGAACGAGUUUUACGUCGGCACGCUGGACAAACAUACUUCUUCUAGUACCCAACAGCACAGCGGCGAGCCGGUGCCGCAGGUGGACGAUUUGCUGUCGCUCUGCGGGUACUUGGCCGCCCAGCCCGCGCCGGGGCACGAAACCUCCUACGUCCCGCCAACGUCCACCCUGCAGGUGUGGGAACUCCGUCCGCACAGCCGCGCGCCGUUUUUGGUCUCCCUCGGGCAGGACAAAAUCGCGAAGAGGACGAAUUUGGUGGAGUCGCGAAACCCGCCGUUCUCCGACGAUCUGCUGAAGACGUGCCGGCAGUUGCUGCGACAGGUGGCCCUGCAGGAGGCGCAGCAGGCGCGCGCGGAGAAGUUGGGCCAGGAGUUUGCGGGGAAGAACUACCAGUGCUCCGAGCAGGAUCUGCUCUACAUGGUGAAGCACCGCCAGGAGAUGCUCGGGAAGCAGGCGCGCACGGACACCAUGGAGGUGGAGCGGGCCUCCACGCUGGAUGAGCUCGACUAUGCCGGGGUGGAGGAGUUGCUGUCCUUGGUCUCUGAAGCGCACGACCGCGAGGUGUCGCAAAUCGUGUCCUCGCCGACGGCAAGUCCGCCCGUGUCCUCGACCGUGCUGCUGGCGGCCGUAGCCGAGUUGUACGAACCCACGCAGCAGAACAAUAAUAUGAAACCGGGAACAACUACCGGAAUCGCUCAUGACAGCAAGCUCCUACAUGUGCGCAAGGACAACCGCAAACAGCACCAGCCGUCGCACCACAAGCAGCACAAGAAGCCGCCGCUGAAGGACUUUUCGGCGCCGACCGCGGAAGACCUGCAGACGAACAUUUCGGACCCGCGCGGGGCGCCACCCUCCGUGGACGAUUUGUUGAAGAUCUGCGCGCAGCUGUACCCGGCGGAGAAGCGCUCGUCCAUUCUCGCGAACGCGGUGGAAAACAUCCCGAAACAGGAUUUGACGCGAGAAAUGGACGACUUCGCGAACAAUGCGAACAUCGCUUCCCCGGUCCGCGGGCCGUCCAAGUACGAGAGCAACGCUCGUUUGCCGACGCUGUUGGUAAACAACGACGAAGGGGUCCGGUCGCCGUCGCGGUUCAGUUUGACGCGCAAGUCGACCACUACGGCGAACUAUAACGCGGGGGCAUCCAGGAACAAUAAGUCGCAGGUGAACAACCAGCCCUCGCCCGACGAACUGGAAGCGUUGUUGAACUACGCUGCCAAGGCCGGCGCGCGGGCGGCCGCGGAGGAGCAAGGUCGCGUUGCCACCUCGCAGCAGCAGAUCAACCGGACGGAUUCCUGGCGAUUCGCGUUCCGCGCAUGAAGGGAAUAAAAGCUGCUGGCGGUGGUCCUGGAGUGUGGUCCUUUUCAUGUAUGAUUGAAUUUUGUAGUACAACUACUUCUACAUGUACGAAUCAAUACAUUCUUCUUCAACGAAUUUGCUCGAAAGUGUAAGUACCAGGCUAGUAGCUUUGUACUUUAGAGUUCUUUUCGAGGAUUUAUAUUUUCAAGCAGUCGAAAGACCUAUGCAUAGGUAAGCACAUCAGUCUUGUUAUGAUCCAUUUUGGAUCCUCGAGGCGGUGCAAGUUGCCGUUGCGCACGAGGCGCA